GUUUAUCUUGGUCUCAUCAGACCACAGGACAUGGUUCCAGUAAUCCAUGUCCUUAGUCUGCUUGUCUUCAGCAAACUGUUUGCGGGCUUUCUUGUGCAGCAUCUUUAGAAGAGGCUUCCUUCUGGGAAGACAGCUAUGCUGACCCCUCCACCCCUUCAAUCUCUGCAGAAAUGCUGGCAGCACUCAUACGUCUAUUUCCCAAAGACAGCCUCUGGAUAUGAUGCUGAGAACAUGCCCUCAACUUCUUUGGUCGACCAUGGCGAGGCCUGUUCUGAGUGGAACCUGUCCUGUUAAACUGCUGUAUGGUCUUCGCCUAUGGUCUUGGUGCUGCAGCUCAGUUUCAGGGUCCUGGCCAUCUUCUUAUAGCCUAGGCUAUCUUUAUGUAGAG